ACGUAGUAGAGUGAGAAAGAGUGAAAAAAAAACCUAAUUUUCGUGUUAAGACCAAAGUUGAUCUGCAGACCAACCAAAUCAGGCCCCCGUUUCUCGCAUCCCAUAUAAAAGGCAACAAGGCAACCAAUCUCCGGCGUACGGCCUGCCUUCGCUUACAAAAUGGCGGUUAAUACUUCAACUUACUGCGCACCUCCAUUGAAUCGGUUCCCAGGUCGCCGAUUGCCGAUCGUUUUCAUCAGCCUGGCCUCCUCCUCUCGAUCCUUUUGCUUCCCCGGAGAUCCCACCCUGAGGAUCGUCUCCGUCCAUUCUCAGAAACCUGGCUCCGAGAGUUCGGCCAUUAUUUUGGAGACUGGAGGUCAGUCGAGGUCGUCCAGUUCGUCCACGGCCUCCGCCAUUGAUUUUCUCACAUUGUGCCAUAGUCUCAAGACCACAAAAAGGAAGGGUUGGAUCAAUCACGGGAUAAAGGGUCCUGAAUCAAUUGCUGACCAUAUGUACCGCAUGGCUUUGAUGGCUUUGAUUGCUGGUGACCUUCCUGGUGUGAAUAGAGAAAGGGAAAUUUUAUGCCUUUUUCGAUCUAACUUUUACAGGUGUAUUAAGAUAGCAAUUGUCCAUGAUAUUGCAGAAGCUAUUGUUGGAGAUAUAACACCAUCAGAUGGUGUGCCUAAAGAAGAAAAAAGCAGACGUGAGCAAGCAGCUUUAACUGAAAUGUGCAAAAUUUUGGGUGGAGGAAUGAGGGCUGAGGAGAUCCAAGAACUGUGGGCAGAAUAUGAAAAUAAUGCUUCUUUGGAAGCUAAUCUUGUGAAGGAUUUUGACAAGGUUGAAAUGAUUCUGCAAGCUCUGGAAUAUGAAAUGGAACAUGGGAAGGUGCUGGAUGAAUUUUUCCUUUCAACUGCAGGAAAAUUUCAGACAGAAAUUGGAAAGAGUUGGGCAGCAGAGAUCAAUUCAAGGAGAAAUUCACAAUUGGCUGACAAACCUAAUUGACCAAAGGGUUAGUAUCAAUUUGCAUUUUUAUCUAGUUUCAAGAUAGAAAUGCAAAAUUUUUGGAAUGGGAAAACAGUAUGGGGCAAAAUUUCACCCUGACGCACCUGGUGUGGCACCCUAUGACGAUGUCCAGUUGUCUUGUAUUUAGAAGCAACCAAGAGGGUCCAUUGUUAACGGAACCACCAAGGCUGCGGAACCUGGGAGUCUAGCUUUGUAGGGGCCAAUGGGUCCUGUGGUGCUUACUGCUUAGAAUCUCCUGUUAAUUUUUCAGAAAGUUUUUUGUUGUAUGAAUGCAAAGUGAUUUCAUUAGAUAACCUAUGGUUCGUAAACAAUAGUGCAAAAGUUCAAUCUACACUAGCUACCACCUAUAUUUUUUUAGUAAUAUUGUGAUAAAUUAAAGGUAUUUAGUAAUAAUAUUUUAUAUCUGUAUAGAAAACACCAUAUAUCUUCACUUUAAGGAAUUUUGAGUGUAAUGUCAAUUAAUUUCUUCUGUUUCUAUAUAGAUAA